GACCUCGACCGGAGUACCGGACCGACACGAAGCAAUCAUCGUCGGUGGUUCUCAGUUCCUUCCGUUUUUUGUUUUUUCCGUUCAUAUUGGGCAUUUGGGCGGUUUUAUUUCAAAUUGCGGAGCUGGUCUAGAAGAAGGAAAAGGAAGAAGAAGAAGAAGAAGAAGAUAAUAGAGCCGAUGGUGCCCGAACGACCAACAGAAGAAAAUGGAGAAGAAGAAGAAGAAGAGGAGGAGGAGGCACUAGCUUAUAAUCCGUCUGCACCUUCUUCCGAGUUGUUUGAUAUCUCGACGACAAUUGAUCCUGGCUAUAUAAUCUCUUUGAUACGAAAACUUCUACCCCACACUGUGAGGAAUAUUCCUUGCUCCAAUGUAGUAAAUGAUCACAGUGGUUCUACUGGAUCGGAAGGUGCUAGUUUGGAAUGUGCAGCCGACCUCCCUCGAGCUGGGGCCGCAAACAUAACAGACAAUGAAUUUGAGGCCAUGGACAACCUGGAUGGUCACCACGGUCCAAUUGAAAGAGAGGAUUCUUUUCAUGGUUCUGAACAUCCCAGGGCAUCAUCAGGAGAAGCGACCUGGGAAGAGUACGGCUGCAUUUUAUGGGACCUCUCUGCAACUAGGACACACGCAGAAUUUAUGGUGAAAAAUCUUAUACUUGAAGUGCUUUUGGCAACUCUUACUGUUUCUGUAUCUUCUAGGGUUAAGGAGAUUAGCCUUGGAAUCCUUGCGAAUUUGGCUUGUCAUGAAGUUCCACUAGCUCAUAUAGUCUCUACACAAGGAUUGCUGGAGACAGUUUUUGAUCAGUUGUUCAUAGAUGACACUCCAUGCCUUUCUGAAACUCUCCGGUUGUUGACUUUGGGUCUACAAGGUAGUGGAUCUGCUACUUGGACCGAAGCAUUGCAACCUGAACCUGUUCUUGGUCGCAUACUAUGGAUUACAGAAAAUACGUUAAAUACUCAGCUACUGGAAAAGAGUGUGGAGUUACUGUUGGCCCUGUUGGAAGGUCAAAAAGGGGCUCAAAUUCUUCUUCCAUCUUUGAUGAACUUGGGUUUGCCUAGUCUUCUGGUUAAUCUGUUGGCAACUGAGAUGGAACUUUUGAUCGGUGAGAGAAUGCCUGAGAGGUUCCUUGUUCUUGAUUUGAUCCUGCGUGCAAUUGAGGCUCUUUCUGUUAAUGAUAACUAUUCACAAUUGAUCUCUUCAAAUGAGGAACUUAUCAGACUCGUUUAUGACCUGGUCAAAAUUCCUGACAAAGUUGAGGUAGCCAGCUCUUGUGUUAGUUCUGUGGUCCUGAUUUCAAAUAUACUGUCUGAUGAACCAGGUCUCGCUUUGGCUAUGUCUCGUGACCUGCCUUUCUUACAGGGUCUUCUUGAAAAUUUUCCCCUUGUUUCGGAUGACUUGGAAGCACGGAGUGCACUUUGGAGUGUGCUAGCAAGGUUAUUGGUUCAAGUUAAAGAAGACGAUAUGAGCCCUUCAAAACUGCACAACUGUGUUGCCAUUCUUGUAGAGAAUUCUGAUUUUAUCGAAGAAGACCUCAUCGAUCACCAGGAAGAAGAUUCCAGUGAAGAUUUUAAGAGCUCUAGCACUUCUGGCACGAAAUCUACUCUCAGGACUACUGCUCUUAACCAUCUGGCGAGUAUUUUCGAACGGUGGACUGCGGCAACAAGUGAUGUCUCAAGGGAGGACCAUCUGGAUCAUGGAAAAGUUGACAGACUCUUGCAUUUGUGUUAUAAACAUGCCAAAUGAGACGACAGACAGAUCAUUACGAAAAAAAAGAAGAAAAAACAACACACACAGAUCUUCUUAGCUUUCUUCAUGUGGAACAGAAGCUGUAGUUGGAAGUAGCUAGAAAGGUUUUGAUAAACGGAGAAUCCUCCAUCACUGAUCACUGUUACUUUCUCAUGUUGUAAGUUUGCGUGCGGUGGCAAAUGUCUCGUCUGUCCAUAUAUUAAAAGGCUGCAGAAGAAAAGAAGAUGGUGGCAUGGUGGUAGUUUUGAGGAGAGAGAAACACAUGAUAAUAAACAUUGUGCCAUGCUGCCCACCCCAUGCAAACUUCCUUUCCGCACACCUCACCGGUCUCUUUUCAAUUUCGCAAUUGAGGUGAUCAUAAACGAACCUUUCGUUGGUUACAAUCGAGUGAGGAGUGUGGUCUUGUACUCUUUGGGUGUGGGUGACUUUAGUUUUUCCAAAGCUCGUGGUUCCGUUCCGUCCUUUCAUGUCUAAAAUUUGCCUGUUGGCUUUAGCAAGGUACCAAUUCUGUUGCUGUA